GUAAUGCGUUGCAUGUAUACAGUAGCGGCAAAAAGUAUUUGUUUUACUAUUUUGUUUGUUUUAUGGUUUAUAUUUUGUCUAAGCUGCUAUGGUGUUUUUCACACAUAGUUCAAACUUUUUUCCAGCAUAUCACCGUAUUUAUAUCUCUAGUACUAGUGGCCGAAAAUAACGAUUCAGCCCUUGAUCAGGGGUUGAAAAGUAAACAUUUCUGUGUGUAUUUGGACGAAAAGUAGACAAUUCAGCAACAUUUGAAACAGCGACAUGAACGUAAAAAACAGAUCUUUUUGGCACGUUUUCCCAUUAUUUCCCUUUUGUUCGCCCUUAUUUCCCCUUUAUUGUUUGGUUGUAGAUAAUCACUUCCUGCAUCAAGUACAGAAAAAUCCGCCUAUAAUUAAAGAUUGUGCCAGAAAAGUGCGGAACUACGCAAUAAAGUGAUUGUGUCAUCUAUGGAAGUAUAGGGAAAGUCCACAGAACUUAUAAUUCUUUUGGUACUUUAAACUGAGAUCAUGGAAAGUAACAAUUUAUUUCAUCAUGUCAUAUGAUAUACUUCAGUAAGAACAAAGCUGAGUAAGUCUCGCAACGGAGAAAAAUGAUCUGCGUAACUUGUCCAAAACUACGGGUAGUGAUCAAUUUCUAUAUAUUAUUAGUGUUACUCUUGUGUAGAUUUUCUUAACGCUUAACUCAUCCCCACGAUACUACUGGUGUAAGGUUGAUUAAACUAACAUCUGUUUUCGGCCCUACAUCUAAACUAAUUGGGUUCGUCGACCGCCUCAUUCAUUUUCUCAAGUCUCAUCAGGUCUCCUGUGUUAGUGUCUGUUAAAAUUCCAACGCGGAUUCCGAAAGCUUUGAUGACCUUCAUCAGCUCCCAUUAUUUUUGGUGCAAACGAAUUGUCUGUCUUGACUAAAGUAUGAAUAUACUGCCCAGUAGUUCCCUGUGUUCUGAUUUAUGACUAAAACUUGGCCUUUAAAAACAGGACAUUCAAAGGGUAAAUACAGUGUAAAUGUAAAAGUUGAGGACUGAGAGUUGUUUUACAACUUGUUUUUUAGUCGAGACAGAAUGUAGGUGGCUUAAUUGUAAAGGUUAUUUAAAAUGACCAUACUUGAUAAGUGGGGUAUUGUUAAUCAACAUGGCUUGUCAUAUAGCAUGUAGUAUAUACUUUGUAAAACAUACACGUCAUUGAGCAACUUGACAUCUACACAACAUUUUUGUCUUAUUUAUUUAGUUUUUGAAUGACAAUUAUGAUCAGACGAAAUAAUCUUGGUCUCUUCCUUUCGAAGAGUUAUUUCAAUUUCGAAGUAUCACUUCUCAAAAAAACUGUUGUUGUUAUACAUGGCGAUGACUUUAUUCAUUUUAUAUUGAAGAACGUAAUUGGUUUUAAAGAUAAUAAUCAUAAUGAGUUCCUUCUUUUCUCAAUGACGGCUUCUAAGUUGAUAAGCCAAGUACAAAUGUGUGACAUUCAGCCACUCUUCAUUUUUGAUGGUUGCACUAAAGUUGGAGUAAGUUUUAUUUUUAAAUAUAUUACCUCUUCAAGCGAAACUUUUGUUGCAAAUAUUUACGUAUCACUCUCUGUAUUAUCUUUAUUUGGACUAGUCCGCUAACCCCUGUCAGCCCAUCAUUUAGAACAGCUACAUGAUGCUAAUUUAUUUAUAACUUCAAUCUCGAAGUCUUCACUCUUUCAAGACUACAGCUCUCAAACAUUCUCUUUUUCAAUCAACGGUUUGGAAGCUUUCUGGCUUACUGUCUUCCGGCUAUAUAAAUUUAUCCACCGACAUCUUGUUCACGUAAAAGAAAACUCAAUAAGUACAGCAAAACCAAUCACGCUACAAUGAUCAGAUGUGGUCCAUAAUCAAUCGUUACAAAUCAUCAUUUGUGGAUGUGUUGUCGUUCUUUCAAAUAAAAUACAUGACAUCGCUGUAUUCAGCUCAGUCUGAUGCUGCUUCAUUAUCCAUAUAUUUACAUUGUCCGUUUAUAGCAUCCAGUUAUGAUAUUUACUACAUGUUUCCUGCUCAAGCUACUAAAACUGAAGCAAAUAUUAUGCAAGAAUUAAUCUACGUCCCGAUCCAUCUCCUAGAUUUUUUUAGCUGCAAAGAUGAUGCUAUUAUUUUGUCUCAUGUUUUCCACCAAAAGUUUUCUCGUAUUUCGUUAGUUGUACCCCAUUUACGACCUUUAUUAAGUGUACUGUAUGCUGGGCGGUUCGAGGUACGUGCUAAUGUGUGUAAGCAGUUAAAAUAUAGUACGACAGAUUACUCCAACUACCCUAGUCCUCGUUUACAUGAAUGGUUUGUUCUAGUUAACUGGUUGGUAAAAUCAUCCAAUGUAAAUUAUGUUACGCUUUAUGAGUAUGUUAUUCAAGCACAUCGUGCUGAAGAACGACAAAGUGUGACUGAGUAUCUUCUGGAUUGUAUUGCGGCUUUUAUGGAUAAUGUUCUAGAAAGUGGACUUGAAAUAGCAUCUCACUUUUGUUUAGUAAACUCCAGUUCCAAUGUACCUAAGGGUAGGCUGAUUGAGAUUAGUGAAGAAACUAAUGCUUCAGUAAGCUUACAACAUAUGGAUCGUCUGACCAAUCAACUCAACGCCAAACAGCCAAUAAAGUUCAAUUUUACUCAUGAUUGGCCUCGUAAUUUGACAGAACUGUAUCGAAAGGUUAAACUUUCUCCAGCUAUUAUUGAUGUUUUACACCACUCCAUUAGAAAACCGUUUCUGUCAGUUCAUGCUUACUCCGUCAAUUUACGCCUACUUGUUUACCGAAUUCUUUACGGAGUAGAGUAUUGUGCGGGUGUAAAACUAAAUCCAAAUAUAACUGAGUACACAUGGGUCGGUGAUGAUAUGUUAACCGAGCUCCCUCUCACAAUUAGUCCUCUUCUUAUGAAUUCAAAUAAAGGUAAUUCAGUGGAUGAAAUAGUAAGCAGUCAGUUGAAUAUCCCUCUUCCGCAACACACACCCCAACCUGAUUGGAUUUUUACUUUGGCUGUAACUUUAGCAUUUUGGCAUCAACAACAUAUCAAUAAUACUGACGAAGGCCAUGAACGUCAUUUCGAAAAUUCCCCAAUUGGUUUAGCUAUUGCAACUUGUGUUGUAGUCAAUGUUUUCAAUAUUGAUUUCAUGAGUAGCAAUCUACAUGAACAUUACACACGGUGGAUUGACUUCAUCAGAAACGAAAUAUCACUUGCUUCUGAACGUGCUUCGUCACUAAAUCAGUCUCCAUCAUCUUGUACGAAAUCUGUCACGGAACAAAACUUAUCAAACCUAAUCGCUGUUCAACAUAUCUACAACGAAUUGCAAACCGUUGUCUCAUUACUAAACUGUUUAGCAGGGGAUGAGAAUAAGUCUAAAUUAUUUAAUUUUCUGCCUUGUUGGGUUUUGUUUCCUUCUUUUCAUCUAGUAGAUUGUCUUUCUCAUCAUUUAGACAAUCAGUUGCCCUCUAUUCGAUUAAUUCAUGUAACAAGUUACUGGAUACCUCGAUUAUAUUGUGCUAAAAGAUCUAACAAUCUGAUAACUGAUCUUAUCAACAUUUUUAAACGCUUGGUUAAUACUGUUACGCUGCUUUCUGCAUCAUCUUUAUUUAAUCUGAAACCUAGUAGUAUGACUAGGAGAAGUGAACAACGUGCUCCUUUAUCAGAAUUCACUAACACCAUUCCGGUCAAUAAUGUUAACUGUAAUGAUUCGAUGUUUCACAACAUUAAACUGACUUCAGUAUUAUCUGAUGGUAAAAUUAGCAGUGUACUUGGCAAACAUCUGGAUAAACAAGUGAUUGACAGGUUUCUAUGUGAUUUGACUGAGAAACAAAAUGUUGCGUGAUUGUUUCUUUUAACGUGUUUUUAUUUUCCUAUUUUGACUACUUCAUUCACUUUCCAUCCUUCAUAACCUACUUGCAAAUUAUUAGUGCUUGUGAAUAUUUACUGAAAAAUUAACAUCAUUAUGUUUACGAUUGAUGUAUCCAUUACAUAUAAAUUUUCCCACUUAUCAGUGAAUUUAUUAAAGAUUAGUGUUACUACGUUAAGGUUGUAAGUAGCUGACGAGGAACCGUGAAAUAUGAUGAAUUCAUGUUAUUCUGCUACAUUGAUUGUUCUUGCUUUAGUCAUAUAAUGUAACAAUCACAAACUAUGAUUAUCAGCGAAGUCGUUUUGUACAAACGUUUACAUUUGAUUCUUAAUUUCUCCAAAUAUUAGUUUUCUUAUUGUUACUUAUUCGGCAAAAUGAAACUAAUUUUGUAUUUUCUUCCCAUAAUUUUAAAUAACUCG